GCACUAGCCUUCCAGUCAGGACCAGCAAGGGAGCCGGGGAGCUGGAGACCCUUCGAGUCUACCCCUGAAACUGGACUGGGCUCGCCUGACAACUGCCUGAGAUCCAGACCUGGGCCUGGGUCUGUCCCUGCCCGAAAUCCAUGCCGAGUUCCCUUCCCAGCAGCCAGAUCCCCCACCCCACUCUGGACGCGGUUGACCUAGUGGAAAGGACUCUGAGGAAUGAAGGGACCUCCAGUUCUGCUCCAGUCUUGGAGGAAGGGGACACAGACCCCUGGACCCUCCCUCAGCUGAAGGACACAAGCCAGCCCUGGAAAGAGCUCCGCGUGGCCGGCAGGCUGCGCCGCGUGGCCGGCAGCGUCCUCAAGGCCUGCGGGCUCCUCGGCAGCCUGUACUUCUUCAUCUGCUCUCUGGACGUCCUCAGCUCCGCCUUCCAGCUGCUGGGCAGCAAAUUGGCCGGAGACAUCUUCAAGGACAACGUGGUGCUGUCCAACCCUGUGGCUGGACUGGUCAUUGGCGUGCUGGUCACAGCCCUGGUGCAAAGUUCCAGCACGUCCUCCUCCAUCGUGGUCAGCAUGGUGGCUGCUAAGCUGCUGACUGUCCGGGCGUCUGUGCCCAUCAUCAUGGGUGUCAACGUAGGCACAUCCAUCACCAGCACCCUGGUCUCAAUGGCGCAGUCAGGGGCCCGGGAUGAAUUUCAGAGGGCUUUCAGCGGCUCGGCGGUGCACGGGAUCUUCAACUGGCUCACGGUGCUGGUCCUGCUGCCACUGGAGAGCGCCACGGCCCUGCUGGAGAGGCUGAGCGAGCUGGCCCUGGGUGCCGCCAGCCUGACGUCCGGAGCGCAGGCGCCCGACAUCCUCAAGGUGCUGACGAAGCCGCUCACACACCUCAUCGUGCAGUUGGACUCCGACAUGAUCAUGAGCAGUGCCACAGGCAACGCCACUAACAGCAGUCUCAUUAAGUACUGGUGCGGCACCACGGGGCAGCCGACCCAGGAGAACAGCGGCGACUGUGGCGCCUUCGGCCCGUGCACAGAGAACAGCACAGCCCCGGCGGACAGGCUGCCCUGCCGCCACCUGUUUGCGGGCACGGAGCUCACGGACCUGGCCGUGGGCUGCAUCCUGCUGGCCGGCUCCCUGCUGGUGCUCUGCGGCUGCCUGGUCCUCAUAGUCAAGCUGCUCAACUCUGUGCUGCGCGGCCGCGUGGCCCAGGUCGUGAAGACGGUCAUCAAUGCGGACUUCCCCUUCCCGCUGGGCUGGCUCGGCGGCUACCUGGCCCUCCUCGCGGGCGCCGGCCUGACCUUCGCACUGCAGAGUAGCAGCGUCUUCACCGCGGCCAUCGUGCCCCUCAUGGGGGUCGGGGUGAUCAGUCUGGACCGGGCGUACCCCCUCUUACUGGGCUCCAACAUCGGCACCACUACCACAGCCCUGCUGGCUGCCCUGGCCAGCCCCGCAGACAGGAUGCUCAGCGCCCUGCAGGUCGCCCUCAUCCACUUCUUCUUCAACCUGGCCGGCAUCCUGCUGUGGUACCUGGUGCCUGCACUGCGGCUGCCCAUCCCGCUGGCCAGGCACUUCGGGGUGGUGACCGCCCGUUACCGCUGGGUGGCUGGGGUCUACCUGCUGCUCGGAUUCCUGCUGCUGCCCCUGGCGGCCUUCGGGCUCUCCCUGGCAGGGGGCAUGGUGCUGGCCGCUGUCGGGGGUCCCCUGGUGGGGCUGGUGCUCCUCAUCAUCCUGGUUACUGUCCUGCAGCGGCGCCGGCCGGCCUGGCUGCCUGUCCGCCUGCGCUCCUGGGCUUGGCUACCCGUCUGGCUCCACUCUCUGGAGCCCUGGGACCACCUGGUGACCCGCUGCUGCCCCUGCAACGUCUGCAGCCCCCCGAAGGCCACCACCAAAGAGGCCCACUGCUACGAGAACCCUGAGAUCUUGGCCUCCCAGCAGUUGUGACGGGCAGUUGCUGCGCAGACCACCCCACCCUCCCCGGCUGGGAGGGCUCUGGAGGGCCCUGGGGCGGGGGGGUCCCCGCGGCAGCUGACCUCCGGUCACCUGCUUCCCCUUCUGUGCAAAUAAACCAGGCUGUUAUCUGGG